CUCAAAUUUCUCAGGUUCUCAACCUCGACGACGAAAGGUAGAAAGAUCCACUGAUUCCUAAGUCAGAUUUUUCUCUCAGAACUCAAAUUUCUGGACCUAAUCAAGAGUUAGAAAAGCAAAUUAAACCCCAAACCCUAGUUUUUAGUCGCAGGAAUUUCUGCUCAGCUUAAUAUCACUUCUCUGAUCUUUCAAAAAGAAGAACUCCACAGAAUGGAAAGAGGAGGAGAUAAUGACGUUAUUCCUGAAAAUGAAGUACAAAUCCACUUGCUGGAUUUCUUAGCUUCUUGCAAAGGCUGCUUCACUUCUGCUUACAGUGCAAUUGAGAUGCCAUUGAUUUCUCCCUGAUGGCCAUUCUUAUCAAACCAGACCUUUCUAGGGUGGUUUAUAUUAAUUGAAUCUGGAAGCUUAACGUUUCAUUCUCCACGAUGAAGGAAAAUAUCCCAAAAAUACAUAAUUGAAUGGAGUCUCAGGUUUGCUCUUUCUUUGGCUUUGCAGAUCAUAUUGAUGGAGAAGGAGUUGACUUUGCAAAGUCAAUGGCUCAAGAGGCUGAGGUCGUGGAUUUCUUGUUUCAGAAUACUGUGGACCGUUGAAAAAAUGAAGUGCACCCUUGCCAACUAUUGCAGAUUCGCUGGGCAGAACUAAUAUGAAAAGGAGGAGCUCUGCUUGGUGCAGUGGUAUCAGAAUUACUGAAAGCAGUUCUUCGCGCGAAAGUUAAAGCCACGAGUUUCAAACCCUACUUAGAAAAGCUCACAAUCACACUCGAAUCAGUAAUUCCCAAAGUUGAAGAGAUCAAACGUUUAGAUGAUGACGAAAGAAUGAGAACGGAUAGUCAGAAAGGACCGGAGCUUAACAGAUUGAUAAUGCUAUUAAGAGAAGGGACAAUCUUAGUAGAAAAAUGUUCGGAAGUACAAUCAUGGAAUUAUAUCUCGAAAAAGAAGUACUGGGGGAAGAUACAGGAAUUGGAUAAUGACUUGAUCAGGUUCUUUCAGGUGGAUGCGCAGGCAGCUAUGUGGUUAGAUGUCGGAAAGAUCUUGUGUAUGGUUAACAAUUUCGAUCAGCAAUUAAAGCAGCUGACAACAGCAAGAGAAAACGGCAGUAGCAGUAAUAAUGGUGCUGGAGCUAGAGAUGGAGACGGAGGAGUUAAUGAUCUGAAAGCGGCAGUACCAAUUAAGCCAGCGAUAGUAAUUACCUCGGCUGAUCCUCAGAAAGUGGGUUCUGCGAAAGCCAGUGAGAAAUUAGAUCGUCAAGCCGAAAGGGCCACACAAAUUAAGCCUCGGGACCAUGAUCUGCAAGAGGCAAUACCAAUUAAGGCAAAGAUAAUAGUGAAUCCGGCUGAUCCUCAGAAAGUGAGUUCUGUGAAAGCCAGUGAAAAGUUAGAUCGUCAUGAUCUGAAAGUUGCAGUACCAAUUUCUCCGGCUUAUCGUCAGAAAGACAUUAUUAAUACUUUUGAAAGUACUGCACGUAUUCCUAACGUUAGUGGUACUGUCGCUGCAUUGGAGGUGUUGUCCUUUUGGGAUGACGAGAGUGUUCCAAUGUAUGGUAAAUCUUUUGGUGGAGUUGCAAAGACAAGUUUAUCAGAAGGAUUAGAUUUGAAGGUUUUGCUUAAUUGUGAUUUCGAAAAGAUUAACACAAAUUUACGGGAUACUGAAUACGAGCCUUUUAUGUUAUCAGAAGCAACUCAUUCGAGCGUGAUUCUUUGCAAGGCUGCCCAGUUGGUUGUGGUAACGAGAUUUCACAAUUACGGGCCACUUGCUAUCCAAUACAAUUAUGAUAGAGUAAAAAAGGAACAUCACCGACACAUGGAAUUGGUCGAGAGUGUUAGGCACGAAAAUGUGGUUCCGCUUAGGGCAUAUUACUAUCAUUUUCGUCCGGUACCUGAUGAUCAACCGCGUUACCUGAAUAUGGAGAUUGUUCUUGUGUAUGAUUACUACAGAAAGGGUAGUGUUCAUAAAAUGUUGCAUGGAAAACUGAAGGUGCCUUUUGACUGGGAUGCUCGGCUAAAGGUCGCAAUUGGAGUAGCAAGAGGCAUUGCUUUUAUACACAGACAAGACAAUGGAACUUUUUUCCAUGGAAGUAUAAACUCUGAGAAUAUCUUCCUUAACACUGGAAAUUAUGGUUGCAUUUCAGAACUUGGCAAAUGUAUUGUUGGAUCUACAGAACCUUACGUGACUGGCAGCAGGGGCAGACUCCGUAAAUCAGAUGUAUACAGCUAUGGUAUUUUUCUCCUUGAACUCGUAACUGGGAAUUCUCCAUAUAGAGGCAUUGUGGAAGAAUUUAAGGCAUGUAUUGGUUGGAGGAAGAAGUUAGUUAGUAAGGUUGAGCACUUCAUUCGUCUUAAGCAACUAAAUCCAGAAAAGUACUGCUUUCAACUGUUGGACCCUGAAUUAGUGAAGCAGUAUGGAGAAUAUAAAGAACAGUUGAUAGAGAUGCUACGGAUAGCAAGGAAUUGUGUUUCGCAUUGGGCACCAGAAAUGGAUGAUGUGGUGAAAAUGGUGGAGAAUGUUGGACGAGAUUUCGCGCUGUUGGAGAAUCCAUCAUUUAGAGAUGAUGCGAGUGUUGCAUUUUUUAAUAGAUCUAUGGGUGGGGUUGGAAGGACAAGUUUACGAGAAGGAUUAGAAUUGAAAGUGUUGCAGAAACGUCAUUCUAAAAUGAUCGUGGACAACAAUUCGCCAAACCCUUUGAGAGCAUACGUAACAGAUAAUAUAUCGAAUGCGACCCUGUACGAGACUGCUCAAUUGGUUUUAGUAACGAGGUUUCGGACUCUCAAGUCAUAUGAUGAAUGGAUGUACAAUCAAAUAAAAAGUGAACACCACCAACACAUGGAAUUGAUUGAGAGGGUUAGGCACGAAAAUGUGGUUCCACUUAAGGCGUACUACUAUUCUUUUAGUUAUCCUAAAGCUAUCGAUCAUCCCUCACGUCCUAUACCUGUUGAAGAUACGCAUCAGCAGGGCUUAGAGAUAAUUUUGGUGUAUGAUUACUAUAAAUUGGGUAGUAUUUUUCAGACGUUGCACGGAAAAACAAAGAUUCCUUUUGGCUGGGAUGCUAGGCUAAGGGUCGCGGUUGGCGUAGCAAGAGGCAUUGCUUAUAUACACAAACAAAAUGAGGGAGAUUUUUUCCAUGGAAAAAUUAAAUCCUCAAAUAUUUUCCUAAAUGCCAAAAAUUACGGUUGCGUUUCAGACCUUGGAAAAUGUCUUGGUGGAUAUACAGAACCUGACGUGAGCUUCUGCAACAAAUUUGGCCAAGAAUCAGACAUAUACUGCUAUGGGGUUUUUCUGGUCGAACUCGUAACAGGGUCUACCCCUAUUUAUCCCGCAUGGGGUGAUCAAACUGAUUGCCCUAUGCUUGUUGAUUUCAGGCAUUAUUUUUGUAUUAGCGAUUUCGUUGUUAAGUCUUUUCUUGAGGCUCAUGUUCGUAGCAAGCAGUCAAAUCCAGAUGCAGCUUGCUGUAAUGCAUUGGAUCCAGAAUUAAUAAUGUAUUACGAAGAAAUAAAAGAACAGGUGAUACAGAUCCUACAGAUAGCUAUGGAUUGUGUUUCAGAACCAGCGCCGAAAAUUGAUGACGUGCUGAAAGAUGUGGAGGGUAUUGGGCGAUUACAACUCCCGCUUGAAUUUCAAGAUCUACUCCAAGAUGAAUGAGUCGACAUUCCACAAUGUUAUUUGGUUAUUUCGAUAGCAUUUUCUACUUGAGGGUGUAUUACUAGAUUUCCAUGUUUUUGUGUAUCCUCUAACGAGUUUUAUCACCCUACUAAAGUUGGGUCUGUCUCGGGGUCAA